GGCGUGUUCGAUCGAAACUCUCCGUAAACAAACUGUACAUAGAAGCCGCUCUCUCAUCACCGCCGUCAAGAAAAUCGUCGCCAUUUUACUAGCUAGCAACUUCGAUUUCCCCUCUCUGUCUCUUUAACAUGGAAGGAAGCCAACAAGCGGUGGAUCUCUCCAAGCACCCUUCCGGCCUCGUUCCCACCCUACAGAACAUCGUCGCCACAGUAAACUUGGGCUGCGAGUUAAACCUAAAGCAAAUCGCUUUACGAGCCCGCAACGCAGAAUACAACCCUAAACGUUUCGCCGCCGUCAUCAUGAGGAUCAGGGAACCCAAAACGACGGCGCUCAUCUUCGCCUCCGGCAAGAUGGUGUGCACGGGUGCCAAAAGCGAAGCGCAGUCGAAGAUGGCUGCGAGAAAGUACGCUCGUAUAAUUCAGAAGCUGGGCUUUUCAGCCCAGUUCAAGGACUUCAAGAUCCAGAACAUAGUGGGCUCGUGCGAUGUGAAGUUCCCGAUCAGGCUCGAGAGCCUGGAUUCGGCCCAUGGGCCUUAUUCCAAAUACGAGCCCGAGCUGUUCCCGGGGCUGGUUUACAGAAUGAAGAAGCCCAAAGUUGUGUUACUCAUUUUUGUGUCGGGGAAGAUUGUGAUCACGGGAGCUAAGGAGAGGAAGGAGACUUACGCGGCGUUUGAGAACAUAUACCCUGUGCUUGCCGAGUUCAGGAAAGUUCAGCUAUGAUAUAUAUAUAUGGCUUCUUCUGAUCCUUUGAAAUUUUGCAACUGUGCACAUCGAAACAAGUGGAGAACAAUGGGGUUCUUGGGAUUAAAGAGGGAAUUUAGGUGGCUGGGAGUGUUGAUGUUUGUAGUUAGGUGAAUCUGAGUGUACACAGACACGAUCCUAGGAGGACAGAGGAAGAGAUUAAAGAAAUGGGUUGCGAUUUUCCAGUUUUCUGUUGCAAUGCUAUAGUGUCACUUGUUCCAUCCAUAUGAACUGCUGCUUUGUUGGUACUAGGGCUAGGAAACAGUCCGGCUUGGUGUAAAUCGGAUUGGAUUGAUCCGCGUUUUUAAGACGGUAUUGGACAACCUCACAAUCAAAGAUGGAAUUGAAUUGUUACUUGGUUUUGACCAAAUCGGAUUGGAUGCAAUAUGGUUUGGUCUGGUUUUAACUAAAAACCCGGAAACACGGAGACCUCUGCAUACUUUUGGCGACUGGCAAGAUUCGUUGUCGGCCAACGGGAGUCACCUGACGGGGAUUUAGGGAGUCGAUUUGAGAAAAGAUGGGGGCAUAUGUGACGAAUUGACUUCUUCUUUUUUAGUUGGAUGUACGUGAAUUUAAUACAUUAUAUGGAGGAUUGUUCGGGUCAUGUGUUGAGGUCUUAAGAAGGGUAGUUGGAUGUGCGUGAAUUUAAUACAUUAUAUGGAGGAUUGUUCAGGUCAUGUGUUGAGGUCUAGAGAAGGGUGGGAGGGAGAGAACAUAUAUAGAAAGAUCAAGAGGAAAAGAAGAGUAUAUCAUAUUUUUGCAGUUCUUGUUUGUGUUUCACAGGAGAUAGAGUGAAGAUAGGCGACAUUGGUUUCGACUUUGGAGAGAUCAAGAGGGGUCCCUGGAAAAUUGGGGAUUAGUAGGGAUGGCAAUGGGUCGGGGACGGAAUUGCAUAUCCGUUACCCUACUCAAAGUAGUUCGGGUUUUAUCCAUACCCAUACUCACAUAUGAAACGGGUAGAAAAUUAAAACCAUGUCCAUACCCGUUCGGGUUUCGGUUAUCCACGGUUAUCCAUGAGUAAUGAUUUCUCUUCAUAACUCCAACUAAUAUGUUAACAUUCACACGUAUUCUCACAUUACGCAAGAGGAAAAGUAUGACAAUAAUUCACUAGAAUGGAGAAAAUUAAUUAAAAUAACACAAUUUCAUGAAAAUAUUAUAUUUAUAUACUAAAUAUAAAAUAUGUUAGAGAAAAAUAAUAAUUAUUUCUAGACAAAAUACAUAUGUAUGUGUAUAAUCGAGCUGGUUCGGGUUGGAUACUGAGAAACUCAUGCCCACCCAUUACCUGCAAUAUUCGGGUUCGGGGUUUACCAGUACCCACUAAAUAUCCUUCGGAUUCGGGUUUUACCCUACCCGAUUAGGCAAGAUUCGAGCGGAUAUCCACGAUUACAGAUAUUUUUGCCAUCACUAGGGAUUAGAGUUAGGACUUAGGAUCGUCAAUCGUGAUGGGCCGCUUGAAUUUGGGUUGCCGCUGGGUUGGGCCUCGACAACCACUAAGUUUUGGACUGUGGUGGGGAGCUAGCAGGCUUGGUUUUGGGCUGGAGUGGGUUUCCUUUUGGACUAUCCAGUCUUUUCGGUUUUAACUGGAUUGGAUUACCAUUUUUUGUGUGUGCAGUACAAUCGCAAAUUGGAUUGGAUUCAAUGAAAAAUGCUAAAUAUCUAUUUUUGCUCUUUCUUUCUUCUCUCUAUCAUCGAUGAAAUCCAGGAAGAAGUUUCGGUCAUCGUCCUUAGCUUCAGUGACGAAGGUAGGAUUUGAAAUUACCUCUAUCCUCUUUUCAUAUUAUAAAUAUAUAAAUAUUUAAUAAAUAUAAUUAAAUUAA